UGCUGCGAGUGAUUGUGUUUUUUACUCCGCUGGCGGCGCGUUUCGUCGGGGACGCUGACAGCAGUAAUAAGAAGCUUGUGCUCGUGUUGACACGAAAGUAAAACUCCGUCUCUUAAUGAAACCAGCAUGGCCGUGUUUGAGAACUGCUCAGUUCUUCUGGAGCUGAAAGGUUUGUCCUUCAAGGAGAAGAAGAAGCUGAAAGCUGCGGUGACGGAGAGCGGUGGCAGCAUCUCCUUCGUGAUUAACAAGCAGUGCUCUCUGGUGGUGACCGGUGACGUGUCCAGCCUGAGCUCCAACCGGUUGCGCAGCAUCCAGAAGCACCAGACGCCGGUGGUGGAUGUGGCUUAUGUGCACCAUUGUGUGGAGAGAGGGGUUCUUCUUCCUGUAGAUAAAUACAAGCUGGACACUUCAUCUUUUUCAGCAGCUCCUCUUCUCUGCCCGCCACGGAGGCGGUCUCUCACCCCUCAUAAAGAGUCCAAAGUCCUGCAGACUGAUGCAGCCGCUGAUCGAUCUGGAGAGCGCGCCGCUCCUCGCGGUCCUACUCUGAGACCAGAGACUCCGGAGCGAGCCGGAUUUGAUCUGCAGAAGUUGAGGAUCUACGCUGAAACGGACCUCGAUCUCCCACCGUUUCCUGACUGUUUCCAAGUGGCCAAGUAUUCCGUCUUCGAGCAGCCGAACAGCUGUUGUGUUCUGGAGCUGCAGAGUGUCGCAGCAGAGGAGGGACGGCACUACCGGGUGGUCAGAACCUGCAGGCAUGCCACGGCUACGGAGAAACCGGCAGUCAAAGACCAGCUGGUGUUUGCGUCCACCUCCGAGGAAGCUCUGGAUGUCUAUGAGGCUCUGAGGGACUCCCUGGAAGCUUCAGGUCUGCAGGAGAGAAGCAGCCCCCCGCCGCAGGUCCUUGACCUGGGCUCCGCCCCCCUGCAGCAGCUGCUGCUGGAGGAGAAGCUGAACACAGGGAGCCUGUCACAGGAAGUGGGCGUGUUUGUGGAGCUGCUGUGGGCGGAGUCUCUGGGCUGUCUCGGCAACAUCCUUCGAGUUUCACUGGACAAGCUCAGCCUCAACGAUGUCAGCAGGGCGGAGGGCUUGCUGCUUCAGACUCAGAAGCAGCUGAGGGCGGGGAACCAGGCGGAGGCCUCGUCUCUCCUGGACGAUGUCUACACCCUGCUGCCUCAUAGAGAGCCCUGCGCCUCGCCCCCCAGCGCCAGGUUUCUCUCUCAGAAGCUGGAUCUCUGUCAGCUGAUCCGAGAUGUUCUGAAUGUGAAUGAGAUGAACCUGUGGACCUCUGUGCCGUCCUCACUGGGGAAGCACCGCGCUCUGAGGUGCAGCAUCGAGGCCGUCGCGCCUGACAGCUCAGAGUUCCAGGACGUCUCCCGCCGGCUGCACGGCAGCCCGGUGCAGAUCCAGAAGAUUAUGCGUGUCAGCAGGGGGGUGGAGCUUCAGACUUUUAAAAGUGAUCUUGGGAACAUUAAGCCGCUCCUCCACUCGUCUUCCUCCAAAAACUUUGUAGGAAUCUUGUCUCGCGGCCUGCUGCUUCCUCGUGUGGGUGUGGAGCAUCAUGGGAUCGACAGAACGGACGUCGGUAAUCUGGGCAGUGGAAUCUACUUCAGUGACGCCAUGAGCACCAGUCUGAAAUACUCCAAACCCGGAGGGACAGACGGCUCUCGGCUGCUGCUCGUGUGUGACGUUGCACUGGGAAAGUGCAGGGAUCUCUAUAGGAGAGACCUGACGCUGACCCGGGCCCCAGAGGGCCAUCACAGUGUGCAUGGGGUCCGCCGCACCCACAACACCCCGUCUGACUUUGAGGAUGAUGAGUACGUGGUCUACAGUCCCGAUCAGGUCAAGCUCAAGUAUGUGGUCCAGUUCAACGUAGAGGGGGAUGAGCUGAAGGACUUCAGUCCUGCAGUCAACACAUCAGCUCCACCGGGUCGGUCCUGCCCAGACCAAGAUGUCAGCAUGGACGAUGAUGGCGUUGAGGUCGUUGGAAACCCUCUGGAUGAUGUGACGGCUGGACUGCUGGACAGCUCUGGACAGAAGCUCCCCCUGCAGGCCGUCCACGUGAAGUGCAAACUGAUGGAUCUGCUCUCUCAGGUCGUCAUUUUCCAGAAGUACACCAAUCAGAGCUCUGUGCCCAUCGAGGCCAAGUACGUCUUCCCUCUGGAUGAUUCUGCAGCUGUGUGUGGAUUUGAAGCUUUCAUCAAUGGGAAGCACGUGGUCGGGAAGGUGAAGGAGAAAGAGAAGGCUCGUAAGGAGUACAAACAGGCUAUCGAGCGAGGUCACGGCGCGUACCUCAUGGACCAGGACGCCCCCGAUGUGUUCAGCAUCAGCGUGGGAAACCUGCCGCCCGGAGCCUCCGUCCUCAUCAAGGUGACUUAUGUGAGCGAGCUGGUAGUCAGAGAUGGGAGCAUUCUGUUCUCUUUGCCCGGGAGCGUGGCACCGUGGCAGGAGAGCGCAGCGCUCAACCAGACCACGCAGGUGACUGUGGAAAAGGUGUGCGUGACUGAUGAGGCGACAAGUUCGAAAGAGUUCACACUGGACGUGUCGGUUGAGAUGCCCCACGAGAUCUCCGGUCUGCGCUGCAUCACUCACAAAGUCAAGAUGAAGAAGACUGAGUGUAAGGCAGUGGUCAGCGUGCUCCCGGAUCAGGUCCUGGGUCCAGACGGUUUCCAGCUGUCCAUCAGCCUGUCUGAGGUCCACCUUCCCAGGAUGUGGGUGGAGAAACACCCCGACAAGGACAGUCAGGCCUGCAUGCUGGUUUUCUACCCAGACUUCGAAAUGGGCUCCGGUUCAGCAGCCGAGGAAGUCAUCUUGUUGCUGGACACGUCCGAGUCCAUGAGAGGGGGGUCGCUCCAGCACGCCCGCAGAAUCGCCCUGCAGGUUCUCAGGAAUCUCGGCGGCAACUGCAGACUCAACGUGGUUUUGUUUGGCACAGAUCACACAGACGCGUUCCUGACAGCACGGCCGCUCGUUGAGGUUCGGCAGGCUGCCGAAGACUUCAUCAAGCGUUCCCCUCCAGCAGGGGGCAGCACGGAGCUGUGGCGGCCCCUGCGAGCUCUCAGUCUGCUGCCGCCGUCCCGCGGCGUCAGGAACCUGCUGCUGCUGUCGGACGGCCACAUCCAGAACGCAGCCUUCACCCUGCAGCUGCUCAGGGACGGCUCUCGGCACAGCCGGCUCUUCACCUGCGGCCUCAGCUCGACGGCCAAUCGCCACAUGCUGAGAGCCCUCGCGCAGGCCGGAGGCGGAGCUUAUGAAUUCUUCGACACAAAAACUAAACACAACUGGGCAGAGAAGGUGGUGUGUCAGGUGAAGCGCAUGUCGUCUCCUGGGUGCAGCUCGGUGUCGGUGAAGUGGCAGCAGUUCAACCCAACAGCUCCUCCUCCCGUUCAGGCCCCAAGGCAGCUGCACGCCCUCUUCAACGACUGUCAUGCGCUGGUCUACGGAUUUGUGCCGCACUGCACUCAGGCGACUCUUCUUGGAAACCUGAGCGGGCAGGAGCUGAAGACCGUGGUGUCGACGAGUGAGCUGCAGAAGACCAGUGGCACCUUUGUUCACAAGCUCACGGCGAGAGCUCUCAUCCGGGAUUACGAGGACGGAAACCUGGACACUGGUGAAGCUGACCACGAGGGUAAGAAAGCAGAGCUGAAGUCCUUCAUCACUGAGCUGAGCAAAGAGUUCUCCAUCCUGUCUCAGUUCACCAGCUUUGUGGCCGUCGAGGAGAGGGACUUGGAGCAGCCGGAGGACGGAGUCACAGACAUCCCUGAGCUGGUCCUAGAGGAGGAUGUGGAUUUCUUACCGUACAUCAGCUGGACCUCUUCUCAGGAUGCUGAAAUGACAUCGGAAGAUGAAUCUUCGGAUGAUGACAUGGACUUUGACCUUUUUACUCCCCCAGAUGCUGAAAAGUCAAUUUUGGCCCAGCUGGAUUGUGUUGCACUUGCUGCACGUGAAGAAGAUGAAUCUUCGGAUGAUGACAUGGGCUUUGGCCUUUUUACUCCCCCAGAAGAUAAGAUAAGAUCUUUUGAUGACGACAUGGACUUUGAGCCAGACAUUUGCAGUCGAAUGGACUUCACCCUUAAUACAGAUGGAAUCCCAACAUUGGAAGGCACACUCAGCAUGCCCAAUUAUUGCCCCACAAUUCGUAGCAAAUGUGCUAUAAUGGAACAAAGCAGCGAACUAGAUGAGAGGGAAUUUGACCCCUUUGAAAGCGGAGAUUCUGAUUCUGAAGAAGACUACGCUGUUGUCACGACAAGGGCCACUGAAGGUCCCCCGAUGUCCAACCUUGACAUAUUCUUUCAGUCAGAGUCUUCAGCCAUGAAAGUGCCUCUUCCUCCUCCAGCUUCUAAAGUUCAGUCCUCUUCUAUCCCCUGCCUGUCUCUUCGUCCUCCUCUACCUCUUCGUGUUAUUGGAUCACUUCCUCCUCGUCCUCCGUCUUUUAUGCAGUCCUCUUCUAUCCCCGGCCUGUCUCUUCUUCCUCCUCUACCUUCUAAAAUUCAGUCCUCUUCUAUCCGCUGCCGGUCUCAUCCUCUUCCUCUUCCUGUUGUUGGAUCACUUCCUAAAAAAAUGUCUUACAAUCGUAUCCUCAGCCCGUCUCCUCCUCCUCCUCCUCCUCCGUCUUUUAUGCAGUCCUCUUCUAUCUGUGGGCCUCCUCCUCCUGUACAACAGUGGUUAAAGCCCUUACAACUCAGCUCUAAUGGAAGCAAAAUACUUUCAGUAGAAAAGAAGUUGAUGUUCCAAGGCAUCAGUCCUCUUAUAAGGAUCGCAUCCUCUGCAGAUAGUGGAUACGUUCCUGCCUGCCUAUCUACAGUAUCUAAAGAUGACGUUCUUGAGGAUGUUAACGAGAUUGUGACUGACUCCUCCCCAGCGGUGAAGCUGUUUGGCAGCGUAUCUUUACAGGACAUAGUUGAGGGAACGAAAGCAGAUGCUCAAGCUCUGGGAGUAGGCUGCACUUUUGGCGCACACUCACAUCCUCUCCAGUCCCCUUCAAGUCCAGCUUUACCACCAAAAGAUCGAUACAGAAGGGAAAGCGAAAUGACCCUGAAGAAACGUUUACCUCACACUCUGAAGUCCUCGUUCUUACCAAGAGCAGCUUGUCUAUCCUCUGAGAGAAAGGCUGCAGAACUGGGGCUCAAAUGGACAAAGAUCUUCCAGCUACAGAAACCGGAAGGAUACUGGGAGUUAACCGCAGAACUGGGCGAAUUGAUUAAUCUCAAUGUGGACAUCUUUGUCAACGUGCACCUGAAGAACAAAGGCAUCCAUUCUCUGGGCGUGCAGGCCCACACGCACAUCCUGAGGAUGGUGGCUACUCUUCUGGUUCUGCAGCUGAUGCGUCUGGAGAACAUGGAGGAAGGAAAACUGCUGCGCACUCUGUUUUGUCUGGAAGAGGCCACUCGGCUCAGGCCUAAGCACUGGCAGGAGGUGAAGGAGGCGGUGAACUGGGUGCGCUGGGCCGACCACCAGUAUCCCUGCAUCUGCAGCCGGCUGGAAUUCGGACUGAGCUGGGACUCGUCCACCCGGCAGCUGCUGGGCUACGAAGGCCUCCCGCCCUUCUCCUCCCUCAGGGGUCUGGAGCUGCAGAAGACCGGCAUCCUGCUGCGGGUCCACUGAGCAGGUUCACCUGACUCAGGGGGGGUUCAUACAUGUACGAAGCAUUUUACCUGUCUCACUCGCCACCUGAAUGAGCACAGAAAUGAUCACAUAUGAGAAAGACGACAGAGAUUAGAGAUUUAUUCAUUUGAAGUGUGCAGUCUGCUGCGGGGGCGACGCCUCUGGUGCUUUCUCUUUACCAUGUUUGUAUUUUUAAUGUUUCUCUUUAAUUCUAACUUGCUGUAAAUGUGCAGAACAGCUGCUUUUAUCCAAGAAUGUCAGCACAAAACCAUGAACACAUAAACACCAUUAACGUGUAGUGGCACGGUGGUGCUUUUUAUUGUUAGUUACCAGGUGAUCUUUUACUUUUCAGUUUGAACAGGAGCUAAACUGUUCACAACAAAAUUAUUCAACCAAGCAGAGACUUAGGAAUAAAAUUCAGUUGUUGAUGGGUGAGGAAAGUCAGUAGAAAUAACAAUAAAGUCACAGUUGUUACAGCCUGAUUACUCUAUUGAAAUGUAAUUGAAUUCAAGAGAAAUUAAACCUGAUUACCGUAUUUUCUGGACUAUAAGCCGCUACUUUUUUCCUAGGUUUUGAACCGUGCGGCUUAUACAAAGGUGCGGCUAUUCUGUGGAUUUUUCUUCCACCGCUAGGGGGAGUGCUAACCGGAAUUAGAAUAAAAACUAAGACAAAAUAAAUGCAAAGAAGAAUACGCUACUUCUUCUUUAGCAGAUAGAAGUAGAAGCAGAUUUCAAACAGAUAAAUAGAUAAAUAAAUACCGGUUAUUUUCUCUUGGUUCAGUCCAGUUUUAAUCAGCAAAGUUGCUGCCGUGUUAAAAGACACUGUUAGGAAAGGAUCUAUUUAGGUACAAACAUCAUUUACACUUCAAAAUCGUUCUGUACAUGUAGUAAAUAUCUAAUCUAACAACAUAAAUAUCUGCGGCUUGCAUAUCUUUUUUUUUUAAAUAAAAGUGGGUGCGGCUUAUAUACAGGUGCGGCUUGUAUAUCUUUUUUUAUUGUUUUUUUUUUUAAAUAGAGCGGGUGCGGCUUAUAGUCCAGAAAAUACGGUAAUAGAGUUUAUUAAAAAAGCAACAACAAUCCAGUACAGCCAGACUCAGGUCAGUGUGGAUCCUUCAAAAUAACAGACUGCUUUCAGGAAGGACGUGAAGUUCUCUGUGUGGAAAGAGACGAUAUCAGAGCAGACUGAAAAUGUUUUCCAUCGUGGAUGAACUGGAACCAGAGCGGUUACUUGUGAUCAGCUGUUGGAGCGUUAUUCAUGUAAGCUGCUUUUAAAAACCGGUUCUAAAGCAAAAGGAUCUCCAGCCCAACGUCCUGCUGGAAACGAGGCCCCCAGGCCUGGUCUCACAGGCUACACUGACGUUCAUAACGUUUGUUCGGGUUGGCUGGUUGUUUUUAAAAAAGUAGAUCAAUAAAAUAUCCUCUAAAAACUUCCCUGUGUUCUGGUGAAUCUGGUUAAAUGACAGAAAGCUGAGUAACUGGGUUACGGUGAUGGUUCAUGAUCCAGUUUUUAUGUGUUUUGUUCUUCACACUAGAAUUAAAAUCACAGCUACACAAUAA